AUGGAAGCUUAUUGUGUAGAUCACUUAGAAGAACACAGCUCGGGGGCGCGGAGCCCCUCGCCCGGGGAGCCGGGGGAGGAGGAGGACGAGCUGGCCCGCCGCUGCAGGGGCUUCAUGGCCUCGCCCGUGACCGACCUGCGCGAGCUGCGAAGGAGGCCGGGCGACAUGAAGACCAAGAUGGAGCUGCUGAUCAUGGAGACCCAGGCGCAGGUGUGCCAGGCCCUGGCCCAGGUGGAUGGGGGCGCCGGCUUCUCCGUGGACCGGUGGGAGAGGAAGGAAGGAGGUGGGGGCAUCAGCUGUGUACUUCAAGAUGGGCAUGUUUUUGAGAAGGCAGGGGUGAGCAUUUCUGUCGUUCAUGGACAUCUUUCUGAGGAAGCAGCAAAGCAAAUGAGAAAUAGAGGAAAAAAUCUGAAGACUAAAGAUGGUAAAUUGUCAUUUUCUGCUAUGGGUGUGAGCUCCGUUAUCCACCCCAAGAAUCCUCAUGCUCCUACCAUCCAUUUCAACUACAGAUACUUUGAAGUAGAAGAAGCCGAUGGUAACAAGCAUUGGUGGUUUGGUGGGGGAACUGACCUUACUCCCUCGUACUUGAACCAAGAGGAUGCCGUCCAUUUUCACAGAACUCUAAAGGAGGCUUGUGACCGGCACGGCCCAGAUCUCUACCCUAAAUUUAAAAAAUGGUGUGACGAUUACUUUUAUAUAGCCCAUCGUGGGGAGCGCAGGGGCAUCGGGGGUAUCUUUUUUGAUGACCUUGACUCUCCAUCCAAGGAGGAGGUGUUUCAGUUUGUGCAGAGCUGUGCCCAGGCUGUCGUUCCUGCUUAUAUUCCCCUUGUGAAAAAGCACCGUGAUGACUCAUUCACCCCUCAGGAGAAGCUGUGGCAGCAGCUCAGGAGGGGAAGGUAUGUGGAAUUUAACCUGCUGUAUGAUCGGGGUACAAAGUUUGGCCUCUUCACUCCGGGAUCCAGGAUCGAAAGCAUCUUGAUGUCUUUACCUCUGACUGCUCGAUGGGAGUACAUGCAUUCACCCUCAGCGAACUCCAAAGAAGCAGAGAUUCUGGAAGUUCUUCGCCAUCCAAGGGAUUGGGUGCAUUGACAGAGGUGAAGCAGCCGCCCUGGGGUCUGGGGACACAGAACGUGUGCCCCACGUGUGCCCCCACUCCACUGGCCGGCACCGUGGCCGCCCUGUGGCAGUUAGUCACCUAUGUCUUGAGCCCCAGUCUUCAUUCUGGAGCCUGCCUCCCUGGCACCAUAGGUUUCCGUUGGAUGCUGUCAGUGAUGGGUGAGGUGACCACAAGUCCAUUGGUUGACAUAAAUCUCAUUUAUACUUUUAGAAUCAUUUUAUAUGACUAGUUUACAAAAUAUGACAUUGGGUUUUCUGUAUUGAGUUAAGGGAAUCUAAAUAUUGUAGUUUGUAUCAGGAGAACUUCUCAUGUUAUUUUUAUUUCUUAUAUUUCUUUAAAAUUUUAGUUUCUGCCAUAAAAAUCUGUUAUGGGAUAAAUUUAUUUUCAUUAAUUGAAUGAGAUUGAGCUUAUCAGUGAUUUUUGAAAGCAACCUGAAAUGAAGGUAAAAGUUUUGCUUUGUCGUUCCUGAAGUUUCUUUAGUCAUAAUGUAUGUAUGUCUGUAUCUUGCUGUAGAAAUCAUAAUAUUGUAAAAUGCUCAUUUUUAUAUAAUGAUAGAUAUUUAGGAACACUUGAAAUUUUCUUAAUCUCUACAUGUGUUACAAUUUAGUGAUUACCUGUGGUUGUUAACUCUCCAUCACUGUUAUUUCAAAAAGGGACAUCUAAGUUGUAAUUUUUAUUUUUGUAAAACUAGAAUUUGUUAUCUGCCCUUUUGAAUGUGAAAGCUUAUAACCAUACAUUCUGGUAUUUAGAAUUUUCUAUUCCAGACAGUUCUAUAUGGAAAUUUAAACUAAAAAAAAAAAAAAAAAAAAAAUCCUGGGGAUGUUAUGAAUAUAGGAAAUGUUUCUCGUUUAGUGAGAAACAUUUUCCUUCUUUAAUUAAAGUAAGCAUAAAUGUUAUGAGUGUGAGAAGCAUGUAGGCAUUUUAUAAAUAUUUUUUCUUGUAAGAUGGACUAGUUGAAAUUGUUCUCUUUAAAUGAGAGAUUCUGUAACUCAUAUUUGCUUUUAAGAUAAAUUCACAAAAUUCUUAAAAUUGGCUUCUUUGUUCACAUAAUAAUAUGAAAGUUUUUUUAAUUCAUAAUAUAUUGAAGUUUGUAAGGAAUAUUAUCUUCCUACAUACUAUUAAGCAUUAUCUUGGAACAUGUUGAAUGUAUGUGACUGUGUGACUCUUUAGGGCUGGAAAAUGUAUGAAUUCUUUAAUUGUCUUACAACAGAUCUACUGAUUAAAUUUUAUUAUGGGAUAUGGUUUA